GGCGCGCGUCCCUGCCCUGUCGCGGUUUGUUGACGAUAGCGGAAGCGGCCGGGUCUGUGUCAGGAGCCACGUGGGGUGCUCGUGGUGGGUAGAAAAUGUCUUUUAGAGGCAGAGGAGGUGGCAGAGGAGGCAGAGGUGGCUUCAAUCGUGGUGGCGGAGGUGGCUUCAAUCGUGGCGGAGGUGGCUUCAAUCGUGGUGGCGCAGGUGGCUUCAAUCGAGGUGGACGAGGUGGCUUUGGGCGUGGAGGGGGUGGACGUGGAGGCUUCAACAGAGGAUAUGACCAAGGACCUCCUGAAAGUGUAGUUAUAUUAGGAGAAUUCAUGCAUCCUUGUGAAGAUGAUAUUGUUUGCAAAUGCACGACGGAAGAAAACAGAGUGCCUUAUUUCAAUGCACCAGUUUACUUGGAUAAUAAAGAGCAGAUUGGCAAAGUGGAUGAAAUAUUUGGACAGCUAAGAGACUUUUAUUUUUCAGUUAAACUGUCAGAGAACAUGAAGGCCUCUUCCUUUAAAAAAUUACAAAAGUUUUAUAUUGACCCAGCAAAGUUAUUGCCGUUGCAAAGGUUUUUGCCUAGGCCUCCAGGUGAGAAAGGUGCCCCAAGAGGAGGUGGGAGAGGAGGACGUGGGAGAGGAGGAGGUAGAGGUGGAGGUGGCUUCAGAGGAGGAAGAGGUGGUGGAGGCUUCAGAGGAGGAAGAGGUGGAGGGGGUGGCCGUGGUUUCAGAGGUAGAGGACGUUGAAAAGUGGAGAUAUUGGCAUCUAGCUGCUGAAUUUUCUAGUGGGCCUGAAAAGUAAUAAAUUGUUUUUAAAGCAAUCAAAGUAACAAUGUAUCACCAGCAUUAAUUGUUACAACUAAUGGAUACUUAUCAACACAUGAAGAGGAUGUGUUCACCCAUGACGAAUUGGAGGCAGUUCUUUAUUCUUCACUUGAAAUAUACUUGAACAUUUUUAAUUAUCAAAGCAGACAUUCAAUUUAAUGUUUUUAGAUUCUUCAUUUCUGACAGUCUAUUUUAGUUAAUGCUUGACUUCAUGUUGAAGUUGAAAGUAAAUGAUCCACUGAAGAAGUGUUUUAAAAAAAAAAAAAAAAGCUGCAGAUUCUCUAAGGGCACAGAUAUGAAUCUGUGUUACACGUGACUGAUGUCUUGUUCUCCCUGUCUUUUUAUUGUUGCAUUUGUUGUGCUGUGUAUGUUGCACAUACCCUGCUUAGUUCUUUCUCUUGUUUACUGUUUUGGAAUAUUUUCAAUGACUAACAAAGUCUAAAACCCAAAUAUUUUAAAAAAUAGAAAAUUUGUAUAAAAUGCACUAUGCCAGAAAAGAAGGAUAGUAAAGAAUGCUUAAUACACUUUCCUGAGUAAAUCUUCAUUAAAACUAAAAAUGGGCCUGUAACUUUUGGGAAAGUCCAGGUUGUUAAUACCAUGAUCUUCUACAGGCCAUCUCAGUCUUCUUUCCAGAUUACAUGGAAUAGUGAAAUGGUGUGGCGUGUUAGUCCCUUACAGGUGUGCCAUAAGACAAGCAUUGCAGAAAGGAUUCUACAAACUGCUGGCAUGUGUUUGUCCUAUGGAUCCAGGUUUUAGCAGGCUUGUCCAAUGAGGUGAAUUGUGGGAUGGGUGGAAUGCUAAUAACUACUGUGGAUCUUCAGAAUUUGGGUGAAGGGACAAUCUCUACUCUGCAGACAAACCUUCUUAUCAAUCAGUAAGGGAAGCUGUUGGUAAUAUCAUGUAUGCCAUGUAUUUAGAUGUUGCUCUGUUAAGAGUAAAUUGAGUCUCCAUGUCUAGUUCAGUUCUUUGCUUAUCUGUUGUCAUUAACAGUCGUGAUGUAGAUAUCUAUAUGCUGGAUACAGGUGGAAAUAUUCUUUCUGAUGCCAGUAAUGACUCUUGAGUAGCAACAAAAGCUUUCCAUUGGUCUUGACCAAACUGGAGCCAGUGAAGUGAAAGGUUCCGUCCCUUGUAGUCACAAAGGAUGCCCUUAUCUUAUAUUGAAUUAUUUAUACAGUCCAGCAGACAGGAUUGGUAUUUUAUGGACAAGAAGGAUUUGCUAUGGCAAAGGAUGUUUCAAUUUUAAAUUAUAAUUAACAUACCAAAGAUUGACAAAGUGAGAGGAUGGAAACGAACAUGGGACGAUUACUGUUACGUAUGCAUCAUCUUUGGUCCCUUGUUAAAAAAUGACAAAGGGGAUAUUUGCAAAGGUACAAAGGGUGGUCAGGCACUCACCUUCUAUUGAUGCUCAAGAGAAGUCAGGUGCUUAACUGCCCUAUUUGCCUUUGAAAAUCUACCCUUAUAGUUUGGAAGUAGUGUGUCCUGAGUGAGGGCUGGAGUGGAGGACAGGGAUGGAAGUGUAACUAUUUUGAGAAGGAUUUGAAGACUGUAGUGCUCAAAUUUGGGAGGAUGUUCUAGGUAUGGAAUGCAGGAGAGUGCGUAGUUGCUUGUAGAAAAGUCAAAUGUGCAUAGCAUAGAGAGCACACAGAAAGGAAGGGAAGCAACUAGAUAUGAGAUGUGAGGCAGAGCUGUGUAUAGCCUUGAAAGGCAGGAAGGAGCGCUGAACGGGAUACUGUGGGAAAAUAAAAUCCAUUAUAAACUUGAGUGUGGGGUGGUGCAGGUGAUAGAGCAGUGGUGAGGAAGGUGAUCUUGGAGUUGAAGAGGCAAGGUGCCAGAGAGGAGAGUUGGAUGUUUGUGCAACAGUUGUGUUAAGUCUUUUUGCCAGCUCAGAUCUUCAGCUAUCUAAAAGCUACAAAUCAUCUAGGAUGGAAACAAGCACUCUAGAUAUUGUAUCCUUUUAAGCUGAAUGAAGUCUGAGAAUAACUCAGAGCAAAACUCACCAGCAUCAAAAAACUCAUUUUCUAGUGGUUCCACAUACUAGUGAAACUAUACAGGGUAAUUCACAGACAGACUGUAAAACUUUUUAUAGGUAAAAGUUGUUAUAAGCUAAUUGUGACUAGCAAAAAGCCACCAUUAAAAGGGCAGGAAAUUUUAGAGUAAGUUUACAAGAAACCCAAACAUUUGAAAAUAUGCAAAUUUACAGUUAAGGUACCCACACUACCUUAAUAUUGAUUCUGGACAAUUUCAGUAUCCCAUCUUUUCUGUGACUCUUGUAGCUGCUUUGUAAGGUGCUGGUUUUGUUUCGGUUGUUGACUUUUUCUAAGAACUUUUGAGAGGGCUCCAGCCUAUGGUUUAAACAGCCAGUGAACUUGUAGAGUUCACAAGUGGGAUAAAAAAUGUGUACCUGACUGGCUUUUCCUGAUUCAUGUCUCCAUUGUUGGUUGCAUUACCUCUAAUGACACUGGAUCAGCAUCAGAAGGCUCUAUCUGCUGUCUACCAGGGUACUGAGCACCCUCAGCAACCUUGCAUGACUGGGUCCUCACAGGGUGGGGAGUGAUUACCUUCAGUGAGCUAUUUGUGUUUAGGAAUUUUUUAAAUAACAUUUUCUGUGGAGUGGCUUUGACAUUUAGUAAGGCUAGAUGUGGCAUAAUCACUGUAUGAAUAUAUCAUUCUAUUCUUGUCACAGAUAACACUUUCUUAUUGAUGGGUAACAGUAGUCUGAAUUUCUGAUUUUUUUCAUGCAAGUACUAAGGGGCAAAGUGCUAAGUAUAUAUUUAAGGUAGUUUGGUAAGUUAAUUGUGGAUUUCCACAUGCACAUCCAAAUAUCUGGGUUUAUUGUAUGCUUUAUUUCUGAAUUUCUUGCUUUGGUUUCUUUUAUUUUGUUUUGCUAAAUGCAGUGUUCUUAAAAAUAUUUAUCCCUAAGUUAAUGACAGGUAUUAGCCUUAAUUUAAUUUUGACAUUUUUUGACUGAGAAUUUCCUUACUUUAAACAAAUCCUAAGUUGGGAAUGUAAGGUAUCUAAAACAAUAUGAUACUUCUGUGAUAUUUAGCUGACUGCACAAAUCGGAAAACUUCAAUUUUUCUUAUGACUAUGUGUAAAAGAUUGUUUAAAUUGUUUUCAUUCGGCAUUACCUGAGUUUGAUAUUCAGUUUAGAAUGGAAUAGUUGUGGCCUGAUUUUCAUAGGUGCUAACUUCAGUUGACUUACAUGGAAUUUACAGGAGCUAUAGGACUUCUGAAAAUUGUGCCAAAAAAUGUAAGCAAAAAACAGAUUUCAACCAGAUAUCAGUAUUCAUGGAGGAGAAACAUUUUAUGGUUUGGUCUUGUAAAAUAUAGACAACAAGAUGCUGAGAAAGUGGGUUCAUUGCCAAGACAUCAUCUCUUCUCUCCUUACAGACACUUCCACCCUGCCCCCAUUCCAAAGACUGACUCAAGUCCUCGUGACAAAAAAGUAACCCAUUGAUACAAGUACUAGCUGCAAUGGGAGAACCUAUACAAGUGAAUGCAGAUCUCUAGGCAGAAUAGAAGAGAUGGGGCCAAGCUCACAGGCCAGCAUGACUUUUAUGUGGGGAAAGUGGUGGCAAACCUCUUACUUUAUAACUUGUAAUUAUUUUUUGUACUGAGAAAAAUUGCAGUAUGUAAGCUCUCGGGGGAGACAGUGUCAGUCACUGUGUUUACAGCAUCUAGCCAGCAAAAUGGGUGCCUAAAUUGGUUGGUGUCUCGGUGCUACUGUAACAUAAAUAUCAAAUAAUAAUGUUAAAACAUCUAUAAUGGUCAAGAGUUUCAAACGUAAUUAGUGAUUUUGGGUGCUGUCAUGUACCCUGUACACAUUAGGUUGUAGGGCUGCUACGAGCAGGUUAGGCUUCUACACCAGGUUUGGACUGGCUACAGAGCUUCCAUCCUGGAGAGAGAUACAAGAGAUGUGUUCUCCUUAAGAUACUUUAAUGCACUGCCAAGUAUGGCUGUUACCAACUGAGGUAAGGUAUGUUAUGUACGAAGCCACUUACUUAGCAUUCCACCACAGGUGCCUCAAGUUAUGGCUGUCCAACUUGAGCCACAUCAAAAUGGCCUGCCUUUCAGAAAGUGCUGAGCACCCAUCCUCAGAAAAUCAGGCCCCUUCAAAGGUUCAAAUUGACCAUUCAUAAUCGCUACUUUUGAAAAUGUCGGUUGUUGUGUUGUUUUUUUUCUCAUUUUCUCAUUUCAACCAGUCACUUGAUUGUAGCGUGUUUGAAUUUAAUAACAAAGAGAGAUGUCAAAAUAACAGGCUCAAAUGGAAUUAUUUAAUUAAAAAGGUUAAAGAUUAAUACAGUAUUAGACUACAUAAAGAAAACCUUCAUUAUCUCCUCCUGUU